AGAUAGCCCAGUUCUUGCCGCGAGUCCGUUGAGCCGAGGUCUCUUCUAUGUUCAGGACGGGCUGAUCCUCGGUCGUUUCUCUUUUCGACUCGGACCCGGUGAGUUAGGUACCACGCCUUCGGGGUUUCCACGCUCUGAGUCUUGGCCAGAGCGGAUAUGCCAGGAUCCGGUAAACGCGAGAUCGGAGCAAUCCUCCUGGCCGCCUUCCUCGCUCAGAUAGGGUGUGGGAUCGAGGCGAGGGCAGAAGUGACCACACCUGCAGAACAGUCUUGGAUCAUGUGCUACCAAUGUAACUCAGAGUACGACCCCCGAUGUGGGGACCCGUUCGAUCCGUACUCACUCGGAAAAGUCAACUGCAGCUUAGUAGAACCUUUAGAACACCUUCCAGGUCAACGUCCAUCUAUUUGCCGUAAAAAUGUACAAAAAGUUUACGGAAAAAUCAGAGUCGUCCGUGGCUGUGGAUACAUACAAGACAGCAAUUUAAAUGCCGAAAAGUGUUUAUAUCGAUCUGGAACCUAUAAUGUACAUGCACAAUAUUGCUCAUGCACAGGUGAUCUCUGUAACUCGGCAAAUCAAGCCGUCACAUCAGCACUACUUAUAAGUUUUCUUACAGUGGCUGCAAUUUUAUAACAAACCAGCAAAUAGAAAUAGUCACAGAAUAGACUGGCUUUAAAUUAGAUUUCUUGUCAAAAAGAAAGAAUGCCUAUUAAAGGUUUUAGUGAUGCAUUUUUGUUCGAUUACGUUAAUGCAAAUUUAUUUAAUCAGGUUCCUAUUAGAUUUGUAAUUUUCAAAAGUGCAAAUCAAUAUUUAUGGAAUAGACUUUUAACAGAGUAAAUCCCCCGACUAAUACUUUUUCAUUUUUAUUUUUUUUUAAAGAAUUUCAUUGUAAUGAAUAAUUAAUUGCCCUACUAUAAAUAAUGUUGUUCAAGAACUAUCAAUAUGGAAAAAUCUAUUAAUAAUAUUGUAAAAGAACUAUCAAUAUGAAAAAUCUAUUGAUAUUAUUGUCAACUGUCCUUAUGGAUAAAUCUGUUGAUAUUACUGUAAAAAGACUAUCAAUAUGGAAAAAUCCAUAUAAAAAAGCAAUGAUAUAAAUUAUUUUUUAUCUAAUUGUAACAACAUAUCUUUGUCAUUUAAAAUG